CUCUCUCUCCCGCACUUCCAGGGGGGAGGGGAUGGUCGGGCUGGAGGAGCCCGCAAAGAGGGGCUGAGGCGAAGACACCCCCCUCCUCACCGCCGGCUCCUCCGGCAGGCAGGCAGGCAGGCAGGCGGCAGCUCUGAGCCAGGCGACCCGAGGCUCUGACUACAGAGCAGCCGCCGCCUCUCCCCGCGGAAAAUAAGCGGCUCCACCUGUUCCAGGCGCGUGGAUGCCCCCGUCCCGCGAGGGAUUCCCUGGACUGAGGUGCUUCCAAAUCAGGAACUUCUGUUGCUGCUGCUGCAGCCUGCCUGCCUGGUCGCUUGCCUUAAACGCCCCCUGCUGGAAUCUCCUGCCGCAGCGCCAUCAUGGCCACCCGGUGACCUCUGUGCCCCUGUCCCCAGCCAGCCCUCCAAGCUCUCCUCUGGCCUGCCAGCGGAGACGGUUUUAGGGUAGCGCAACUGUUUCGGCUGCACCGGGCACUGCAACCAUGCCGUAGAACGAAGCAUGAGAGGCGGGAGUGCUGGCUUUUAGCGUCGCACAGGGCGCCCCUUAACUUUGAGAGCCCAACAUCCGCUGCCGCGAAGAUGGAGAAGACGUACUCUCUGACGGCGCACUACGACGAGUUCCAGGAGGUGAGGUAUGUCAGCAAGUACAGCAGCAGCGGCACCCUGCCCAACGGGUUCAACCUCCAGCUGGGCGCUACGGUGCCCAAGAAGCCUCGCUGCAGCCUUCCCCGCUGGAGCCGGCGCGAGAUCUGCCUGCUCUCGGGCCUGGUCUUCGCAGCAGGGCUCUGCAUCAUCCUCGGCUGCAUCCUGGUUCUGAAAUACGUGGCCCUCGAAUAUGACGCCUACUGCCUCAAGGGAUGCCAGGAGCGCAAGGCCCUGGUCAAGGUGUCCCGCUUCGUCGCUGGCAACAUCGACCACACCAUUGACCCCUGCAAGGACUUCUACUCCUUCGCUUGUGGCGGCUGGCUGCGGCGGCAUGCCAUCCCUGAGGACAAGCUCAUCUACGGCAUCAUCGCCGCCAUCGGCGAGCAGAACGAGGAGAAGCUGCGGCGCCUGCUGCUGAGGCCCAUCCGAAGGCCCUACCAGGCCUCGGCCGAGCGGAAGGUCAAGGAAUUCUUCCGCUCCUGCUUGGACAUGGCGGAGAUCGACCAGCAGGGUGCCCGGCCCAUGCUGGACGUCCUGGAGGACUGCGGCGGCUGGGACAUGGCCACCGCCACGGCCAGGCAGGCGCGAUGGGACUUCAACGAGCUCCUGUACAAGACGCAGGGAGUCUACAGCACGGCCGUCUUCUUCUCCCUCACGGUCAACUUGGAUGACAAGAACUCCUCACGCUACGUUAUCCGGAUUGAUCAAGAUGGUCUGACGUUGUCCGAGAGGACCCUCUACCUGGGACAGGAUGAGGAGAGCGAAAAGAUCUUGGCUGCCUAUCGCAUCUUCAUGGAGAGGCUGUUGAGUCUGCUGGGCGCUGAGAACGUGGAGCAGAAAGCCAGCGAGAUUCUGCAGCUGGAGCAAAGGCUGGCCAAUAUCACGGUCUCCGAGUAUGACGACCUGCGCAGGGACAUCAACUCCAUGUACAACAAGGUGACCCUGGGAGAACUACAGCGCAUCACACCUCAUUUCAAAUGGAAGAGGCUCCUUGACAGAAUAUUCCAUGACAAUUUUUCCGAGGAUGAGGAGGUGGUUCUGCUGGCCACGGACUACAUGCAGAGGGUGUCUGAGCUUAUCCACACCACACCUAUCAGGAUCCUCCACAACUACAUGCUGUGGCGCAUUGCGGUGGUGCUGAGCGAGCAUCUCUCGACGCCCUUCCGAGACGCCAUCCACGAGCUUGCCAAGGAGAUGGAGGGGGCUGAGAAGCAGAUGGAGCUGGGGAAAGUGUGCUUGAGCCAGGCCAACAAGCACUUUGGGAUGGCUUUGGGCGCUCUCUUUGUGGAGGAAUACUUCUCUUCUGCCAGCAAGGCCAAGGUGCAGCAGCUGGUGGAAGACAUCAAACACAUCUUGGACCGUCGACUGGAAGAAUUGGACUGGAUGGAUGAGGAGACACGGCGGGCGGCUAGAGCCAAGUUGCAGCACAUGAUGGUGAUGAUCGGCUACCCAGACUUCCUGCUCAACCCAGAAGCGAUUGACAAGGAAUACGAGUUUGAGGUCCACGAAAAAACCUACUUCAAGAACAUCCUCAACAGCAUCAAAUUCAGCAUUAAGUUGUCAGUGAAGAAGAUCCGUCAGGAAGUGGACAAGUCAGCGUGGCUGCUGCCCCCCCAGGCGCUGAACGCUUACUACCUGCCCAACAAGAACCAAAUGGUGUUCCCAGCUGGAAUUCUUCAGCCCACGCUGUAUGACCCAGAGUUUCCACAGUCCCUGAAUUACGGCGGGAUCGGAACGAUUAUUGGACAUGAGCUGACACACGGCUACGAUGACUGGGGAGGCCAGUACGAUCGCCAUGGCAACCUGAUGCACUGGUGGACCGACUCAUCCUACAGCAAGUUUCUUAAGAAGGCAGAAUGCAUCGUUAACUUGUAUGACAACUUCACGGUCUACAACCAGAGGGUGAACGGGAAGCAUACCCUUGGGGAGAACAUUGCCGAUAUGGGGGGACUUAAGCUCGCCUACUAUGCCUAUCAGAAGUGGGUGCGGGAAAACGGUCCCGAGAAUCCUCUCCACCCGCUCAAAUACACCCAUGAACAACUUUUCUUCAUCGCUUUUGCCCAGAAUUGGUGCAUCAAACGGCGCUCGCAAUCCAUCUACCUGCAGGUGCUGACCGACAAACACGCCCCUGAACACUACAGGGUCCUGGGCAGCGUCUCGCAGUUCGAGGAGUUCGGCCGGGUCUUCCACUGCCCCAAGAACUCACCCAUGAACCCAGCUCACAAAUGCUCCGUCUGGUGAAAGAGCCGCCCGCUCCAACCCACCCCUGGCAUUGUCCAAAACGCUCGCCGGGCUCAGUCGCCACCACUCUAAACCUCGUUGCCCACCGGCAGGACAGAGAAAAAUGAGGGAAACACACACACAACCACAAACACACCCUGUUGCUCCGAGCUGGCCCCGUUCUCCGGGACCAACAUGCACACCGACAGACAAGGGCCAUUAUUUUGGGAGGUGGGGAUGGACCGACUCCUGCAGAAAUUGGGCACUCUUCUCCCCAAGACCUCACACAGACCUCUGUGCACACCUGUGUCGCUGCUGGUUGGGAGAGGAACAGCCAAACUCAGGCAAGGCCACUCAAGAGAGGACACCACAGCCAAGCCGGGCCAAGCCAGAUGGAGAUGGCAAACAUGAGGCCUGUUUCUCCAACCAGAUAUGGGAAAACAAAACAAAACAAGAUGGCGGACGAGGCCAAACCAAGGCGCCUCCUAAUUUCCCCUCAAAGCUUAUCGUCUCCAGGUCUCCUCUCAAGACCAGCUCAUUCCCAAACUCUCCUUGGGUGCUAGAAAUAUUGAUCAGGGCCUUCUCUAAAAUG